CGCGGCGGGGCUCCCCAGCUGGCAGCUGCCCUAGACUCCGCGAGUAUCUCUCCCUGCAGAUCCCCUGUCCGGGUGACGGCCACAGGUCACGGUUGCCGGCUACGCUGAGCCGCUGCGCUUGUUAGCACCCUAGGGUGUCUCGGGAGCAGUCGCGCCGGGUCCAUGGAGAAGCCGCCGGGAGUCAGGUGCACCAAUGGGUUCCCGGAGCGGGAGCUGCCGCGGCCCGGGGCCAGCCGGCCUGCCGAGAAGUCCCGGCCGCCCGAGGCUAAGGGCGCACAGCCGGCGGACGCCUGGAAGGCAGGGCGGCCCCGCAGCGAGGAGGAAAACGAGCUGAACCUCCCCAACCUGGCGGCCGCUUACUCGUCCAUCCUGCGCUCGCUGGGCGAGGACCCCCAGCGGCAGGGGCUGCUCAAGACGCCCUGGAGGGCGGCCACUGCCAUGCAGUUCUUCACCAAGGGAUACCAGGAGACCAUCUCAGAUGUUCUGAAUGACGCGAUAUUUGAUGAGGAUCAUGACGAGAUGGUAAUUGUGAAGGACAUAGAUAUGUUCUCCAUGUGUGAACAUCACCUUGUUCCCUUUGUGGGAAGGGUCCAUAUUGGUUAUCUUCCUAACAAGCAAGUCCUUGGUCUCAGCAAACUUGCCAGGAUUGUAGAAAUCUACAGUAGAAGACUACAAGUUCAAGAGCGUCUCACCAAACAGAUUGCGGUGGCCAUCACAGAAGCCUUGCAGCCCGCUGGCGUUGGGGUUGUGAUUGAAGCGACACACAUGUGCAUGGUAAUGCGAGGCGUGCAGAAAAUGAACAGCAAGACUGUUACUAGCACCAUGCUGGGCGUGUUCCGGGAAGACCCGAAGACACGGGAGGAGUUCCUCACCCUCAUCAGGAGCUGAACGUCCGUGGGCAAGCCCCAGUUUGCAGAGCCCACGCUGCAGACCUUAUCCGUCUCAACCGUACAUUCCAGUUUUAGUUGGUACACUUGUGAACUUUAUUUCUCACCAUGAAUUGUAUUUAAUAAUUAUUUAUAUAGAUAUGUCAAAUAAAGGUGAUCAACUAAGGGGUGAGCUUCUGCUUUCUUCUCGCCACCUUCUUAGUGGCAACGCUAACGUGAGCUGCCAGGAGUAUAGGUUCUACACUGACUGCCGCCAUUCAGAGCUACCAGGGAUGCUGGGAAGGAGGAAACUCAUGCAUUUGGUUGACGUAAUCAUUGACUCAUUAGCAGAGGGCACUGGACAUUCAAAGAGCUGUGGCCACUGUGCUGUUUUCUGCCUCCAGUGGGCACGGUAUACCGUUGAAUUGCCGGAGAUGAUGUGGGUGCCCAGAGCAUUGCCCUCUGCAUUCAGAGACCCACAGGCACCACUCUGUUUUGAUCAUGCGUAUGAAGCUACCAGGGACAUUUUCUUCUUUAUAUUUAUUAACUGUCCAGCUAUAACACUAGUCUCUGAGGGAAGGUGACAGGGUAUCUGCCUUUAAUUUUGCUGUGAGUUAAAAGAAGAAAAUUUUCACCUUCUAUAUUUUACAAUUUGAGUAGGGGGAAUUCCUUCCUGCAGUAGUUUCCUUAAGUUUAUUCUCACAUCAGCUACGUGGAUUUAGAGGGUUGACUCUUGUGCCUUGGUGCAAAUAUUGCACCAUUUGGAGUGCAGGUACUUCGCCAUCUUUUCGGACAGCUGUAACUUCUCAAGUUUGUGAGUACCCACUCGGCACAUUGCUGACUUCCUGUUAAAAGUUCUUGGGAGUUUACUUUGUCUAUUCCAAGGAGAUAUGUCAAAGCAUUUUCAAAAACUUGUAUGAAGUAUUUUUGCAAUUAUUUCCAGAAUCUUUUGGAACUGCCUCUCAGUCAGCUCUGUGGACUCCCAGCUCCUCUGAACUGCAGGGAGUGCAGGAUGGUGAGGAAGGCUGGGGCUGUGCCCACUGCUCUGCCCACGCCAUGCUGUGGCUGUGGGAGAUGCACGGGGAUUUCAGUCUAGUUUCCUUCUUGUUGGUGUGCGUCUUGUCUUCAGUACAAGUGUGUCCAGAGGUGUAGCUGUCCAGGAAGUGUGACUAAUGACCAGUUGCUUCAAAUGUCCUCCACCGGGGCAGUGAGGGCCAAGUGAGUCCCAGCAUUCUUGCUCCCCCACACAGACAGGAUCAUAGCUGUUCCAUUGAAGAGUUUUCCUGCUGGCUGACAUAGUGCUCUCUAAAUGAAUUCCUGUGGUCCUAUCUGCCACUUGGACACUCAUCAGCUUAUGAUAAGCAAGAACUGGUUCUUAAUUUUAUUAUUAAUUAUUUUACCUCUACUUUUUCCUAGUACUUUCUAUAUUUAGAGUUUCCAAAAUAUAGUCAGGUGGAUUUUGAGUUUCCUUUGUAAUCUAACCUGAUAGCAGUGUUAGUACACUUAGCUAUUUAGACAUUUCUAGGGAGGCUGUUAAGUACGUAACCCGUGUUUGGUAUUUUAAAGUAAAACCAGUGUGACUUGACUUAGAGGACCAAAGAGAUUGUUAGAUAUACCUUCAUCUUUUUUGUGGGGGUGGUCAUUUGUAUUUCUUCUGAACAACCCUGUGGGGUCAUUCUCUAGAAGUGUUCUUGACAAAUGCCUGACAUCUCCAGGCUGUGUUUCCAUCAGUGUCUUUGUAGGGAUAGCCUUGUCUGUCUCAGUCUAGUCCAUAGUUCUUCAAAGACACCUUCUCAUAUCCAUGAUACCGAGUCCAUUUGGGAAAUUUUUAAAAAUUUGAUGUAUUUAAAUAUACUGUUCAAUUAUGCUGUUUGGAUUUACUGUAUAUGUAUGUAUGUUACUGAAAUUGGUUCUAUUUAAAUGAUUAAAGUGUUUUAAUUUUG